CCUUGGUAAGAACACACACGCGCACUGGCCUUGCGAGUUUCCCGCUGUAGUACGUAUUUUUCACCGUUUUCAUUUUCGCAAGUCUACCGAUUAGUCAUCAGUGGUGAAGCGUUGGGAUAAUAAAGAGAACCGAUACAGAGCUCCCCCCCUCCCCGUCACAUGUGUGAACAUAUCGUGAAAUAGGGCAGGAACAGCGACACACAAGCAAAACGCACCCAAAACCGUGAACCUUAAAAUCUUAUCGAUUUUUUUUUCUCCAAUUCGUUUGACUUGCUUCUCCCGCUUCCACACUUCAUCACCCUUACCAUCUCAUACCACAUCCACACAGUGCAUACGUCGGACGAUAACCAUUAGUGUGUACUGCUGGGCAACGGUGGCAACGACGGGAGUGCGCGCCUCGAGAUCCCUUCAUCGCAUCAUGCACUGUUCAUUAUUUCAUAACAUUGGCCACGAUAACAAUUACUCAUCGCUGCUGCAUUGUUGUGCGGAGGAGAAGGAGGUGCAGCUGAUUCAAUGUGUGGCCGAGCUCGUCAGCAGCGUGAACAGUUCGGUGGAGCUUGUUGCGAACCGUGUCGAAAUCGACGACGCUAACCACUGUCUUAUAAAAGGGAAGCGUUCCUGAUCACGGCCACCCAAUAUAGAAACACUGGGGUGUUCCGGUUGCCAGCUCUAAUAAUAAGCGAGAGCGCGCGCACACGCUUCCUGUGCAAACCCACCCUCCCUCUCGAAACCAUCCCCAGAUCCUUUCCAUAGCGUCCCCUUACUGGAGUUGGCGAGUGUUAGUUUCCGAAUUGCUGAAACGAAGUGUGCGCUUGUGUGUGAUUAUUUGUAAUUAAUUCGCGUAAAAGGCUAAAACUCUGCCCAAGUCCAUAUCAGGGGAGAAAAAUAAAAACGCUUUCCUCCGUAUAGAGUGAUAUCAGUGAAUUUGUGAAUUUGUGUGUGUGUGUGUAUGUUGUUUCCGGGAAAGCCUUUUUGUAGGUGGGUUAGAACACAGCUGCAUCCGUUUUGCGGAAGGGUAGUUGAGAAAGCGAAUAGGGAGUGAUUUUCAUCUUUCAAACUUAGACAGGAAGAAACUUCUCCAUCUCAAGCUCUCGUCAAUCAGCCACGAGUCGAGGAAUUAAAAUCACACCAGUACACGACAGACGUACGCAAUCAACCAUGCCACGAAAUAAGAAAAAACACGCAGCCGAGCAGAGCAAUGAUCUGUCCGACGACGAAACGUCGAACGAUAAUGCGAGUACGUACUCGUGCCAUUCGGAGACGCAGCUAGGCGACGGUGGCGGUCCGAACGGUAGCGUCGAGUCUAGCGAACCGGGCGAAUCGGCCGGUGUGGAGAAGUACGAGGAGAAGCUGCUGCAGGCGAUCGAGAACGCGUCCGACAAGGCGCAGCAGACGCGCAUCAAUGCGUUCCAGACGAUCAACGAGGUACUGGUGCACCACUACAUCCCGGACUUUCUGGAGGACCGGAAGGUGACGGUGAUGGACGCGGUGGAGAAGUCGCUCCGGCGCGGCAAGGGUGUGGAGCAGUCCUGGGCCGCCCGCAUCAUACCGCUGCUGGUGAUCCAGAUCGAGGCGCUCGAGGACAUUGUCGAGCUGGUGACGGUGCUGAAGCCGGUCUUGCUGAGCACGGUCCAGGACGGGUCGGCGGCGUACGAUGCGCGAGCCAAGUGCUGUGCGGCGCUCGGGCUGCUGUGCUUCGUCGGGGUGGACGAUCUGGGUGAGAUACUGCCAUUGAUGAAGGUGCUGCACAGCAUUUUCGCUGGUAGCUUUCUGAAAGGCGACAACAGCCCGAGCGGUGCGAGCAGUGAGGCCGGUGCGCUGCACAGCGCAGCUCUGAGCGCGUGGUCGUUGCUGCUGACGCUGCUGCCGCCGGGCGAGUUUGUAGCACUGCUGGGCGGCAGUGCCGGUGCCGGUGUGGUACCGUCCGUCCGCCAGCUGGUCGGUAUGAUGCAGAGCCCGAUAUUGGAGGUACGCAUGGUGGCCGGUGAAACGCUCGCGCUGAUGUUCGAGCUCGGCCGGCAUCAUGACGACGAGUUCCUGGAGGAGGAGCUGCCCGACCUGAUCGAGGCGACCCAGAAGCUGGCGACCGAUGCCCACAAGUACCGGGCGAAGCGGGACCGCAAGGUGCAGCGAGCCACGUUCCGCGACGUACUACGGUAUCUGGAGGAGGACAUUUCGCCCGAAAUCAGCAUCAAGUUCGGGCGGCAGCUACUCGUGCUGGACACGUGGGCCAUCCAUCAUCAGUACACUUGCCUGCGGACCGCGCUCGGGUUCGGCAUGAAUGUGCAUCUGGCGGAAAACGCGUUCGUGCGCGAGGUGCUCCAGCUCGGCCCAAAGGUGGACGAACCGAGGCGCCCGUACCGGUCGGAGAAGGCGGAACAGCGGUUUAUCAAUGCGGCGGCGUUCAAGGCGCGCACGAUUUCGCGCGGCAAGAAUCGAGACAAGCGUUCGUUUGCACUUAACUAAAGCGGAUAGCGCUGCGCUUGGACGUUUGCGCUGUUAAGGAUUUUCUGGGAACGAUUGCGCAGGAUGUGCCACUUUAAAGCCGCACCUGUUGCUCUCUCUCUCUCCCUGCCUAAUAAUUGUCAUAAUUAACAGGGAUUGGUGUUUGGAGGUAGCACACCGGGGAUGGUCGUCCUCCGAAAUGCCAACUCACCUAGAUAAUUGUUACGAUGCCGUCACUGGACACACAAUCAAGGGGUCGAACAUUUGGCUUAGCUCGAUUAUUUUCUUUUAGUUUUUGCUAUACUGUUGCAGGUAAUAGGUUUAGUGGUUCAUCUCGUCCCUCCUCAUCCCGUCAGAUUUACGAGUACCUUCGAACCCACGCGAAGGUGAAAAAUAGCAAAGCUGUGAGCGGCGAGAUUGUUAAGAAGGUGAAGUUGUGAUUUUUGUUUUGUUAAAGAUGUUUACCGAUAGAAAAAAGGAAAAGCAACAGUGCUCAUCGGUUGCCUACACCUUCGAUGCGAAUUGAAACAUUUGCUCGUGGCCAAGUUGGCGGCUGUAUAUUUGCACUAAAAAAAAGAAAAAAUAACUCCACCCUCCUCGUGGCUCCUUUCUGCAUCACCAAUCUCUUCCUCCACUAAACACUCCCGCACGCGUAUGUGCUUUCCUUUGCCUCUUCACAUAUAUUAGCCCGUUAAAGAAAAUUAGCAAAUUGACUAGAUGCUAACACAGACGACUAGACGAGGCGAUGUAGUUAGCGAGCGAGCGAAAACAAGAAGGUAACUUUUCCCACAUCCGAAUAAGCGUCCGUUGCAAGUUUUUCGUUAACGUGUGUGUGUGUUAGGAACAAAAUGAUAAAAAUACAAGCAGCGACAGAAAGUGAGAUGAAAUAUGUUCUCUAAAACAUUUGUGUAAAUAAUCGAUUCUAACGGUGGUAAAUAGCAAAAAAAAAAAGAAAAAAUAAAGAUUAUCAAUGGCAGAUGCGGGGCACUAGUCCAGGAGCAAAAGAAAUGUGCACGCGCGUUUGUAGGACUCCUUGAUAAUUAAACAAUUGAAUCAAUGCUAAAGCACGAAACGCUACAAUAGGAAGAGAAGAGGGAACGACAUUGCGAACCUACGAUUUGAAUAUGUAUCGGAAAAUGCUCAUUAAAAUUUAUCUUACGGGACGGAUAAAAACCAAA